AUGAUUACUGUUCGAAACGUUGUUGCCCUGGCUGCGGUCUUGGCCAAUAUUGAUGCCGCACAGGCUCAGAAUGGCGCCUAUGGCCAAUGUGGUGGUAUGAACUGGGGUGGCUCUACGGCUUGCGUCUCUGGAUAUACUUGCACAUAUUCAAAUGACUGGUAUUCUCAGUGCCUUCCUGGUAGCGGCAAUGGAGGCGGCGGUGUCACCACCACUGCCGUGCCAACGACAAUGACGACGGUCACCAACCCAGGCACUACUAGCACUCCCCCAACUGGGGGUGCUGGUUCCAGUACCGGCGGCGCCAACAGCAUCAACGAGAAAUUCAGGGCUAGGGGCAAGAAAUACUUCGGUGUUGCAACGGACCAGAACAGACUUACUGCUGGAAGCAACGCUGCUAUUAUCCAAGCCGAUUUCGGACAGGUGACACCGGAGAACAGCAUGAAGUGGGAUGCUAUUGAAGCUUCGCAGAACAGCUUCAACUUCGCUCAGGCAGAUUACUUGGUUAAUUGGGCAACAACCAACAACAAACUCAUCAGAGGACACACAUUAUGCUGGUUCUCUCAACUACCUAGCUGGGUAGCAAAUAUCAACAACGCCGCCACCCUAACCGCGGUCCUCGAAAACCACAUUGCAACCACGAUGGGUCGGUAUAAAGGCAAGAUCUAUGCAUGGGAUGUCGUGAAUGAGAUAUUCAACGAGGAUGGCUCUCUCCGUUCAGAUGUCUGGUCCAACGUCCUCGGCGAGAACUUCGUUUCCAUCGCGUUCAAGGCCGCUAGAGCAGCUGAUCCUAACGCCAAGCUAUACAUCAACGAUUACAAUCUCGACUCUGGCUCAUACGCUAAGGUCACUACCGGAAUGCGCGACCAUGUCAAAAAGUGGAUCGGCCAAGGAAUCCCCAUCGAUGGUAUCGGAUCCCAAGGCCAUCUCCAAUCCGGCCAGGGUUCCGCUGCAGCUGGUGCCAUCUCCUCGCUUGUUGCCUCCGGGGUCGCUGAAGUUGCAAUCACAGAACUUGAUAUCGUCGGUGCUGCAUCUAACGAUUAUGUUGCCGUUACCAACGCCUGCUUGAACGAGCCUAAGUGCGUGGGUAUUACAGUGUGGGGUGUUCGGGAUCCUGAUUCCUGGAGAGCGUCAAAUAACCCAUUGCUGUUCGAUUCAAGCUACAAUCCUAAGGCGGCGUAUAAUGCGAUUUUGGCAGCUUUGUAA